UAACAUAUAUUUAAUACCAACUGUUUCCUUACAGAAAAUCUUUUUAUAUGUACAGUUUCCCAUGCAAUAAGAUUUUGGUGGACACUGCUCGCUGCUUCCUCAAUCACUGCUGCCCAUGGAUGUGUCCAAUCCCCCCUCUAGGAAUGGAAUGCGCUGCUCCGGGGAAGGAUAUAAAUAGGACACCCCUCUUCCCGCGCUGGCCAGUUGGCGGCAAGUUCUGUCUGUUUUUAAAGGUUUUUUGUUUUUUUUAGGAGUUAAGAAAAAUGUCUGCAUCUGGAAGUCUCCGUGAAGAGGAUCCGCAAACAUGCCAAGGUUAUGUGUUACCUGAGGGGAGAAUAGUCCCUAACACCAUUUUUAUUGGAGGAGUUGACACAAGGAUGGAUGAAUUUGAGAUAAAGGAAUUCUUUUCAAAAUAUGGAGCUGUUAAGGAAGUGAAAAUAAUUACGGACCGCACUGGUGUAUCGAAGGGGUAUGGUUUUGUCUCUUUUUAUGACGAUGUUGAUGUACAGAAGAUAGUAGAUUCGCAGAUCAGCUUUCACGGAAAGAGACUGAAGCUUGGACCUGCUAUACGGAAGUAUAGUUCAUGCACCUAUAUACAGCCAAGACAUGUGGUUAUCCGCAGUCCUGCUCCUCAGUAUCCAAACAUGUGGAACCCUCCUCUGUCUGAUCCAUAUGUUCAAAAUGCACCAGUUUUGAGCCCAAUGACCCAGUAUAUGCAGACUUGUCCUUACCCAAGCUCAACACCAGUCGUGUAUCACCAAAUUCCGUAUGGGUGUCACCAACCAGGAUAUUACCAGGUACCACAACAGUGGCCACAUGGUGAUCAGAGGAGCUUUGUCUGUCCUCAGACUUUAACAUGGAACGGUUUUAACGAUACAGAAAUGGCUAGCAAUGAGUUUGUGCCUCCAGAGGCCUACAACCAAGAGCAAAAUGUAUCUCCUGUUUCGACAAGUCCACGCAAGAAAGUGGAUAGAAGCAUUCAGACCAUUUUGUCAUGUCUUCUCAAUGGAGAUGGAAGGCUUCAAAGAUCCAUUGUUUCACAGGAUGAUUACUUUAAGGAGAGAAGAGUGCAUCAGUUUAGAAGGAGCAGACCUGUUUUUAAGCCAAACAUUGACAAAAGUGAAGUUUAAGAUGCAAGCCGCCGAUGUUUAUAGUCUGUUAAGUAUGUAUGUUAAAGGGUUACUAUCAUUUCAUUGAAGCAAAUGACAUGUCAGCCUCCUGACCACCCCACUAUUCAAAAUGAUGGGGUAGAAGUGCUUGGGUGUACAACUUUUUCUUAUUGUCUGUCAGGGAAGAGCUGAUUAAAAGCGAAUGGGCACAUCACUUCUUCCUUAUAGAAGUUGAUUUAGGUCUGAGCACCUGGACCCUAACAAACCCAAAACCAGUCUAGUAAUAUGCCAGAAGUUUGGAAUUGAUAGUGACCCUUCUUUUUUCCUUGUUGCACUGUUUUUAUUUAUUUGCACAUAUUGUAAGAGUCCACAGUACAGGAGAGAGAAGUCUACCUUGCUCUGUACAUGUUAGUUUGCUGUUAGCACUCUUUGUUAAAGAACAUUUAGCACUUAGAAUUGUUGUCACAUGUUAGAGUCCACUCCACUACUGAUGUCACUAUAGUGUGUGAAAAAUAGUUUUAUAUUGAUUGUCACUUUGUUUAACUUUAAAGCUGUGUGGCACUGUCUCCUGUUUUGCUGGUAACACAUGGGUUAUUUAUGAUUGCACAGUUUGUGCUCACUUUUACCACUUUGUGAUAGUUUGGAAGGAUGUGUGAUUUAUUUCCCCCCCAAAUCCGUUUUGAAAAACGGUUUUUCUUUUUUUGCACUAUAAUGUCACGCACGACCCCAUAGUAAGACACUAUGAACAGUAAUAUAGAUUGUAUUUUUCUCUUUUAAAUUUCUUCACAAAUUUAGUGUUUUAAAUGGAUUUUAUGAACAUGAAAACUGUAAAUAAUAUUCCCAUUGUAAUCUGUGAGUAACUAGAAAAUUGUUAAAUGUUUUUCACCUCAAGGGAAGUUUAAAGUUGAUGUCCUAGAUUAAACAGGUCUACUUUUUCAUCGAAACUAUCACCCUUAUCCAGUAGCUGGGUUUCAUAUUGCAGCUUAUCCCCAUUCAUAGAUUUGACUUGCAAUACCAUACAGAGACCCUUUUUUCUUCCUAUCAGGGACAUCCCAAUUUCAUAAUUCUUUCCAAUUAUGUGUACCUAUAUUUAAACUGUUGAAAAUAAAAAAAAAUCACUUGUCCAUAGCAACUAAUCACAGCAUAGUUUUUUUUAUAAAGAGCAGAUAAUGGCAUUAAAUAUGUUAUUCAGCUAUUAAAAACAUAUCCAAAGCAUAGGACAUUAGUGUCUGAUUAUGGUGGGUCUGAUCUCUGGGAACCCUGUGAUCUCCAGAAUAGGGCCAGCUUCCUCCCACUGAGCACGCCGGCCUUCACCUUUCGAGACAAGCUUGUCUCAGCAUUGACGGCUGCUCAGUCAUUCACCAGCUGUGUCCCGCCUCAGUGAUUGGCUGAGUGGGAAGUCACUCCUGAGACCAGUACAUCUUGGAAGGUGGGGCCCAGAGGGCUCAGCGGGAAGAGUGGGCCUUGUUUUGAAGAUCGCAGGGGUAGUAAAGGUCAGACCCCUCGCGAUCAGACACUAAUCCCCUACACAGUUUUAAAAAGCUGGAUAACCCCUAAUGCCACAGUUAUUGUAAAUGGAAAUUGAGUCCCUCUUUUUGUUGUGUGUAUUGCACAGCGUGAAAGUUUUUGCAACUAGUUUUUACAAUAACUAUCAUGAAAGAUCAUUUUAAAUGGAUGAAGGGGCAGCACAAAAUUGCAUUUUUUUUUACCCACUGUUUUCUUAAAGUAGGAGUUGGUCCCACGGUGAUAUAACCUGUUUUCUUUUGCUUUGUAACAGAUUUUGUAUUUUAAGGCUAAAACAUUAAAAUGGGAUUGUUAACAAAACUUAAGAUUUUUGUAGUAUUGGAGUGAGUUUAUAAUAAAAUCUGCACAUAUAACCAGUGAAGGAAGUUUCUGCAGUGUGAUAGU